UUCCACCGCGGAGAGGAGAUGCAGUGAAGGCCGAGCGAAAGGCGGACCCCAAACAUCAGCCAGUGAAUCCCCAGAAUCCUGCCAGCGGCCAUGGCCAAGCCCCAUUCGGAUGCGGAUGCCUCUGGCCUGGGCUACGCCUACCAGCUGCCGUCCGGCGGCCUCCUGCUGCGCCUCAAGUCGUCCCUCUCGCAGUUCAGCGAUCUGUUCAGCGACUUCAGCAGAUACAUCUCGCCCGCCUAUCACCACGACCGCUGCGAGCGGUCCGUCCACAUGCGUCUCUACUCGAUGCACAAGCGCGAGUUCGUCAUGGUCUUCCUGGGCUUCUUCACCUGCUUCGGCCUGGGCAUCGUCAUCGGGCUGACGGGACCGCCCAUCACCAGCACCUCCUCGCUGACCGCCCAGCAGAUCCUGGCGAACACCUCGCUGGCCCACAGCCCAACGGUCCUGGGGACAGGACCCUUCGCCAUGAAGUCGCCGCUGACCACCACCUACUCGCAGCAAUUGUGGCUCAUCGCCAAGCUUGUGACGGACAACAACGAUGACGAGCGCUACGACAAGAGUUUCCAGGUCAGCGUCUCCAUCGAUGGCAUCAACGAGCAGCAUAAACCGCAAAGUGUCCUUGGUUCCGGAGUGGCUCACAACAGGACACGGCACUUGAUCUGCGUGCGGAACGACUGCGAGGAGUUCACGGUGAUGCAUCUGGGAUUCCUGGACUAUGCCCACUAUAUCAUCACAGUGCGCUUCUACGGACUGGAGUCCUUCCACCAGAAGUAUAAUAUACGCAGCAUUACGUUCUACUUCAAGACUUACAGUCCGGAAUUCACGCAGAUUGAGAUAUGGUUUAGGUGUAUCUUUCUACUCUUCACCUUCAUUGUUAUAUGCUGGUACGCCCACACCUUGCGAAAAUAUCCGAUCUACGACUGGUCCAUUGAGCAGCGAUGGCUGUCGGUGCUUCUACCCCUGCUCCUGCUGUACGAUAAUCCCUUCUUCCCGAUGAUAUUUCUGAUGAACUCCUGGCUGCCGGGCAUGCUGGACGCCAUUCUCCAGGCCACCUUCCUGUGUGCCCUCCUAAUGUUUUGGCUCUGCAUUUACCACGGGCUGAGGCAAAACGAGCGGAGCUUCGUACGCUUUUACCUGGUCAAGGUGAUCGUUGUCCUGCCCAUCUGGCUGUGCGCCAUCGUCCUGGCCACCUGGGAGAAGUGCAACGAGCUGAGGGAUCCCACUUACAGUCAUUUCGUGGACACAAAGAACUACAAUGGCUUCAAGAUGUUCUUCUACAUUGCGUGCUGCAUGUAUGUGCUGUAUUUGGUGCUGUUGCUUUUAAGAGCUUACACCGAGCUGCGUUCCAUGCCCUAUUUUGAUAUGCGCCUGAAGUUUCUCACGCUGCUCAUGCUGUUCGUCUUGUCCAUAUCCAUCACGGUGACCACCUGUCGCUUUGGCUUCGGCAUCCUCGAGGACAACUUUGUGGCCUCACUGAACACCACCUACCGCAGUUCGGCGCAGUUCAUGUGCUUCUACGGGCUGCUAAACUUCUACCUGUACACCAUGGCGUAUGUGUAUUCGCCGGAUGGUCGCUUUGCCCAGGCGGAACUGGCCGUUACUAAGGAUAAUCCAGCCAUCUCCAUGAUCGACGACUCCGACGAGGACGUGGUCUACGGCUCCGAUGAGGAGUCGCGACGCCCCCUCACCGCUGUGGGCGGAGGUGCCGGAAAGAACGACUACGACAGCGAUUGAUUGGAUGCCGAAGAUCCGCGGGAGUCUUGAUUCCAAAAUGUUCCAUAGCGCAAGCGAGGGUUAUAGUGCUAAAUAAGUGUACAAAAUAUUCUCUAACAUUAUGCAUUAACUAAACGAAUUUCCGAAAUUAAUCUCUGUUCGGGUAAAGUGGAAAAUAUAAAAAUUAACAAAUAUUUUUAGUAAUUUAAGUUUACGAAUAAAUAAACUUGUCAGUGAGUGUUGAAAAUUUGUGUUCA